CAGCAAUUCGGUUCCGCAGCUUACCUAUCUGAUCCAAGGAGAUCUACCUUGUACUCGCGCCCGGACCAUUUGAAGGUGAGUGGAAUCUUCAUUUCAGGAAUUAUUUCAUCCUUCAAGUUGUGCAUUCGAGUAAGUGCCACCAAUCAUAUUAGCUUAGACCAAGCGUACCUCUAGCACGGUGGCCAUACUAUUUGCACUGCCUAAGUUGAUAUAAACGCGAUUUUGAGUUGAAUGUCGCGUGGCCUGCGGAAGCGCGUACGUACUCUCAGGUGGUAGCCAGCCAAAGGACGAAGUCUUAGGUUGUGGCGAAGUCUAAAAGUACGGAAGUAUUUGUCCCCAGUCAACCGGAUCUAAUGAACAACUACACCGGGUACCGGAGCCAAAUUAGACCAGAUGUACACGACUCGUCAUGCAUAUGUUCAGGACUUGCACUUUACUUCUGUCCAAGCACAGACCACCCAGUCAUCAACUACUAGAAACAUAUUAUACCGGCAGCAAAAUAUCGCUUUCGCAGAGGAGUUUCUCAGUCACGACUCCGAGUCUCUUCUCUAAUUCCUCAACUAAGAUGACGAACAGCGCUAGUGAAACUCCAAAGCUUACAGAGCCCCGUCUUUCAGCAAGUCUCGUUCUGGUCAACAGUCACAACGAAGUACUUCUUGUUCAGCGCAACCCACAGGCUAAUUCAUUCGCUGGCCAACACGUUUUUCCUGGCGGAAAUUUUGACGCCAAGCAGGAUACGUCCUUAGAAUGGACUGCUAUCAGAGAAACCUUCGAAGAAGCGGGGUUACUGCUGGCUUUGUCGAAUACUCCGAGCACGUUACUCAAUAUCGACUUCACUCAGGCUAGAAAAGAUGUCCAUGGAGAGCAAACGACGUUCUCGACGUUUCUUAUAAACAACAACCUAAGAGCCGACUUAGGCGCUCUGCUGCCGUUUACUACAUGGGUGACACCACCGGCAGCAGCCAGGCGAUUCCGCACGGAGUUCUUUAUCGCAUUCCUUGAGGAUCCCACAUCGGGUGGGCUGCAUUCAGGUAGACAAGAUCACCUUCCGACUCCUGAUGGUGGACAAGAAGUCAUUCAAGCGCGAUUUUUACGUCCAGAAUCGGCCAUAGAGGAGUACAGGAAUGGGAAAAUCGGCCUUCUCCCACCCCAGUACUACAUUCUGGAAACGCUUCGCCUCAUCCUUACUGGAUCGUCCAAUACCGAGAGGCAGAGAAAUACAGUUCAGAUGUUGUCUAGAGCUGCAUUCGGACGGAUGGUGAUCAACCCAAAGUUUCUCCGUGUCAAUAACGGAGUAAAUCAAGCUUUCGUCUACGAGGGUGAUGAAUUGAGAGGUGGUCCAAAGGGUCGGCUACACCGCAUGGUAGUGGGACGGGUAGGCACGAUGAAUUUGCAGCGCAACUUUGACUUGUUCACUCAAUGCCCGGUCGAAGUUGAUAUACCCAAACUUUAAGGACUUCAUGUUGGCAUACCCUCACGACUGUCAUCAGUCAGUUCAAUCAUUCACAUUUUCUGAUACCGAGAACAACGCGAUUGGUGUAUUUAAAGAAAGUAAUCUGGGCUACAGUGGCGUUUAAUGGGGAGAACAACAGAGUAAGGGCUACAAUGUAUGACAUGUAAAGCAAUCUAGAUAAAGAGAAGAAUAAACACAACAGAACCCGAAAUUCAUUAUGCACCUGGAGAUCUAUAAGCGUGGAGAUGAAAAUAAUAACACGAAUCUAGU